AUGGAUGCUAGACCACCAGCACCCUCAGUGGCAUCUCUUGUAGACUGGCAUGACGAGCCAGCGGAUGAGGAAUUAGAGAGUUAUGCUGAGCCACCACCAGACUCAGUGGAAAGUACUGCACAAUGGCCUGAUGAGCCCUAUAACGAGAAGUUGGAAAGAGAAUCUGAGCCGCCACCAGACUCAGUAGAAAGUACUGCACAAUGGCCUGAUGAGCCCUAUAACGAGAAGUUGGAAAGAGAAUCUGAGCCGCCACCAGACUCAGUAGAAAGUACUGCACAAUGGCCUGAUGAGCCCUAUAACGAGAAGUUGGAAAGAGAUUCUGAGCCGCCACCAGACUCAGUAGAAAUUACUGCACAAUGGCCUGAUGAGCCCUAUAACGAGAAGUUGGAAAGAGAUUUUGAGCCGCCACCAGACUCAGUAGAAAGUACUGCACAAUGGCCUGAUGAGCCCUAUAACGAGAAGUUGGAAAGAGAUUCUGAGCCGCCACCAGACUCAGUAGAAAGUACUGCACAAUGGCCUGAUGAGCCCUAUAACGAAAAGUUAGAAAGAGAUUCUGAGCCGCCACCAGAUUCAGUAGAAAGUACUGCACAAUGGCCUGAUGAGCCCUAUAACGAGAAGUUAGAAAGAGAUUCUGAGCCGCCACCAGUCUCAGUAGAAAGUACUGCACAAUGGCCUGAUGAGCCCUAUAACGAGAAGUUAGAAAGAGAUUCUGAGCCGCCACCAGUCUCAGUAGAAAGUACUGCACAAUGGCCUGAUGAGCCCUAUAACGAGAAGUUAGAAAGAGAUUCUGAGCCGCCACCAGUCUCAGUAGAAAGUACUGCACAAUGGCCUGAUGAGCCCUAUAACGAGAAGUUAGAAAGAGAUUCUGAGCCGCCACCAGUCUCAGUAGAAAGUACUGCACAAUGGCCUGAUGAGCCCUAUAACGAGAAGUUGGAAAGAGAAUCUGAGCCACUACCAGACUCAGUAGAAAGUACUGCACAAUGGCCUGAUGAGCCCUCUAAUGAGAAGUUGGAUAUACAUGAUGAGCCCCCCAAUAAGGAAUGUUUGGCAACCACCUCUAUGUUUGCAGAAUAUUGUCGUUUGAGAGCAUCUCUUAGUGUUGGCCUUAUGAAACCUACGCCCUUAAAAACAGGACCAUUUCCGAUCAAAACAGCCUUUAUUGUUACAGGCCCACCGAAGAAGAGGGCCUUUACUGAACGGAAGGUGUGUCCUAUUAAGGCAGCCUUCAUAGUCACAGGCCCUCCUAAGAUAAGAGCAUUUACUCCAAAGUAG